ACGGUCAGAAUCUGUUGAUCUCUGGAUCUCAGAGGGUAGGCUGGGCUCCCCCGGCCUCUUCCCGCCAGGGGGUGGGGACAAGGUGGAGGAAGAGCUGCCGGAGGCGGAGCUUGAGCAUCACGACCCGCCCCCGGCCCGUCCAGUUUGGCCUGGGCGCCGAGGGAACACUGUCCUAGCCGCCGCCACCCGAGCAGCCUGUCCUGGUGUCCAGUCAUGACCCUGCGCCCCUCGCUACUCCCGCUCCGUCUGCUGCUGCUGCUGCUCAGUGGAGCGGCGUGUCUGGCUGAGGCCGAGUUCAAAACCGAAAGUCCGGUCCGGACCCUCCAAGUGGAGACCCUGGUGGAGCCACCCGAACCGUGCGCGGAGUCCGCUGCUUUUGGAGACACGCUUCACAUACACUACACGGGCAGCUUGACAGAUGGACGUAUUAUUGACACCUCCCUGACCAGAGACCCUCUGGUUAUAGAACUUGGACAAAAACAGGUGAUCCCAGGUCUGGAGCAGAGCCUUCUGGACAUGUGUGUGGGAGAGAAGCGAAGGGCAAUCAUUCCUUCUCACUUGGCCUAUGGAAAACGGGGAUUUCCACCAUCCAUCCCAGCUGAUGCAGUGGUGCAGUAUGAUGUGGAGCUGAUUGCACUGAUCCGAGCCAACUACUGGCAAAAGUUGGUAAAGGGUAUAUUGCCGCUGGUAGGCAUGGCCAUGGUGCCAGCCCUCCUGGGCCUCAUUGGGUAUCAUCUAUAUAGAAAGGCCAACAGACCCAAAGUCUCCAAAAAGAAGCUCAAGGAAGAGAAACGAAACAAGAGCAAAAAGAAAUAAAGAAGACUUUUUUAAAAAAAAACUUUGCAUUCUUCACCUGAUACUUUCUGAGCCUGCUUUUAUAAAUGGAAUGAGGAAAAAGA